CACAGAACACAUGAAUAUAAGUUAACGCCUACAUUUCCACGGCGACAGCUCCGCUGCCUGCCUCCUCCUCCCACACUCACUCUUUGUCCGCGGGCAGUGGCUGUCUUGUCGGUCGGGAAAAAAAAGCUCACUUUCGCUGCCUGCUAUCUGUCAGGAGGGAGGGGAGCAAACAGACGUUUUCGUAUCAACAUUCACACCGAGAAAGCUCUUCGAAAGACACUUGAGCGAUGGCGGAGGCCCACCAAGCAGUGGCGUUCCAGUUCACCAUAACGCCGGAGGGGAUUGACCUGCAGCUGUCCUAUCAGGCCCUGAACCAGAUCUACCUGUCCGGAGUACGAUCCUGGAAGAAACGAGUCAGCCGCAUGAGGAACAGGGUGAUCAAGGGAGUGUACCCUGCCAGCCCUUCCUCCUGGCUCUUUGUCGUCAUAGCGAUCCUGGCCACCAUGUACAUGCGCUCGGAUCCCAGCAUGGGGCUCAUAACCAAGAUACAGCAACACCUGCCACUAAGUCUCCAUGUCUCGCUCAGUGCCCAGGGUCAGACCAUGCUGUCGGCGCUGGUCUUCAGCACUCUGCUGUGGCUCUCCCUCAUCCUCACACUCAGGUUCUGCCUCAAACUGCUGCUCUCCUACCACCAGUGGAUGUUCGAGCUGCACGGCCGAGUUUCCAACACCACCAAAGUCUGGGUGACUCUGCUGAGGUUAUUUUCAAGCAGGAAGCCUUUACUGUACAGCUAUCAAACCUCUCUGCCCCACCUGCCUGUUCCUGCCAUCAAAGACACACUGAGCAGGUACCUGACGUCAGUGCGCCCUCUGCUGACUGAUCCAGAGUUUAAACGAAUGACUGAACUGGCCAAUCACUUUGAGUCUAACCUGGGAAACCGCCUGCAACGCUACCUGAAACUCAAAGCACUGUGGGCCACCAACUACGUGAGCGACUGGUGGGAGGAAUACAUCUACUUGAGGAGUCGAGGUCCCUUAAUGGUCAACAGUAACUACUAUGGCAUGGACUUUCUGUAUGUGACCCCGACCCCUGUGCAGGCGGCCAGGGCAGGCAACACCAUUACUGCCCUGCUGCUCUACCGCCGCAAGGUCAACCGGGAGGAACUCAAACCAAGUCGUGUUCCAGGUACUGUCAUCCCUCUGUGUGCCGCUCAGUGUGAGAGGAUGUUCAACACAACACGCACACCAGGAGUCGAGACCGAUGUGCUCCAGCACUGGCAAGAUAGUGAGUUCAUUGCAGUGUACCACAAGGGACGCUAUUUCCGCCUGUGGGUGUACCGGGCAGGCCGGCUGCUGUCUCCCAGGGAGAUUGAGUACCAGAUCCAGAGGAUCCUGGAUGACCCUUCAUCCCCGCUACCUGGAGAGGACAAACUUGGUGCUCUCACUGCUGGAGACAGAAUUCCUUGGUCUCAGAUGAGGAAGCAGUACUUCAGCUCCGGCAUCAACAAGCGGUCACUGGAUGCCAUCGAGAAGGCAGCCUUCUUUGUAACCUUGGACGACGAAGAGCAAGGCAUGAGGGGAGAGGACCCAGCGGGAAACCUGGACCGCUACGCCAAGUCCCUGCUCCAUGGGAAAUGUUAUGACAGGUGGUUUGAUAAAUCCUUCUCCAUCGUGAUCUACAAGAAUGGGAAGAAUGGACUGAAUGCAGAGCACUCCUGGGCUGAUGCACCGACAGUGGCUCACCUUUGGGAGUACACCCUGGCCACAGAUGCCUUCCAGCUGGGCUACACUGAGGACGGGCACUGUAAAGGCGAGGUGGACCGCUCACUACCCCUACCCCAGAGGCUCGCCUGGGACAUCCCUGUACAGGUUCAGGCUCAGGUGUGCAGCUCCCUGGCUGUCGCCCAGGCCCUGGCAGAUGACGUGGACUGCCAUGUGUUUCCCUUCGGAGAGUUCGGAAAAGGACGGAUCAAGAAGCUACGCAUCAGCCCCGACGCAUUCAUACAGAUCGGCUUACAACUGGCAUACUACAGGGAUCGUGGAGGUUUAUGUCUGACUUACGAAGCGUCAAUGACCCGUCUGUUCAGGGAGGGCCGGACAGAGACUGUGCGAUCAUGCUCCAAUGAGAGCUCUGCCUUCGUCAAAGCUCUAGAGGAUGGAGAGGCAGAGGAGCAAUGCAGGCAUCUCUUCCGACUGGCAUCAGAGAGGCACCAGAACCUUUAUCGAAUGGCUAUGACUGGAGCUGGAAUUGACAGACACCUCUUCUGCCUGUAUGUGGUCUCCAAAUACUUGGGGGUGGAGUCACCCUUCCUCAAAGAGGUUUUAUCAGAGCCUUGGCGUCUCUCCACCAGUCAGACCCCGGUUCAGCAGAUGGAGCUGUUUGAUCUGAAGAACCACCCUGAUUUCGUAUCGCUGGGCGGAGGGUUCGGACCUGUUGCUGAUGACGGUUAUGGGGUUUCUUACAUCAUUGUGGGUGAAGAUAUGAUCAACUUCCACGUGUCCUCCAAAUAUUCCUGCAGUGAGACUGACUCCCACAGAUUUGGAGCUCAGAUAAGUAAAGCGCUCCAAGACAUCAUGACUCUCCUCUCUGCUGACACCAAAACCUCCUCGUCCUCCAAAGGCACAGCCCAGCCCAAGAAGCUCCUCUGAAAAUGGCGGAAAGCAUCUCACCAUGUGGACAAAUAUUCCCUUCCAGACAUCUAAGCUAAGCGUGGAAAGCAUUAAGAAUCCAUUAUCUAGAAUCAGUAAUGUUAAAAGAACAACCCAUUAUGUGACUUAAGACAGAAAAGCCUUCAUUAAACUGACAAAAGUGAAUUUAAGAGAAAAACAGGGCACAAUGGCACUGUUUUUCACCUCCUGCUCAGCAACAAAAAUGUAAACACACCUGCGUCAGAGCACUGCCGAACCCUCAACUGAAUGUUAUAAUUUACAUUCUUCCAAUAAAAAAGUUCAAAAGCCUUUCUGCAUGAACAGGAGCUAUUCAACAUUAACACGAACACUUUCAGGGUUUUUUUUUGAUUCAGCUACCUAACACGAGAAUGCGAAAUGCUUCCAAUCCCUGCUUUCUCUGAGAAUAUGAAACCAGUGAUGGGGGAUUUUUAAGAAAGAGGGAGCAAUGGUCAUCACUUAUGGGGCAGCUGUGGCUAGAGAGGGUCGUCCACUAAUCAGAAGGUCGGCGGUUCGAUCACAUGUCGAAGUGUCCUUGGGCAAGACACUGAACCCCGAAUUGCUCCCGGGGGCUGUGCCUUCGGUGUGUGAGUGUGUGUGUGAAUGAAUAGUUUCUUUGGACUGAUGAGCAGUUGGCACCUGCCAUCAGUGUGUGUGAAUGGGGUGAAUGUGAUAUGUAGUGUGAAGUGCUUUGAUUGGUCUGAAGACUAGAAAGGCGCUAUAUAAGUACAGUCCAUUUACCAUGUUGAAGGUCAUUGCUAAAAAUCUGACAGUUUGAGGGGGGAAAAAAGGAAGUACAACAUGGCGGAUAAGACUGAAGCAGAGAUAAAUCUCAAUGAAGGGAAAGAGAUACUUAGAGACCAAAACAGCCCCAAUUUUUUUUGUCAUUUAAUUUUUUAUAUCAAAUGGGACUAGAAGUUUAUAAGCUAGACAAUGAUAGUCCCAGUCUAACCUUUUUGAUUGGUUCCUAUAAAAGUUUUUCCAGUUGAUGUUCAGGGUUACUUUGACCCAUCACCCGAUCUCUGGACAAGCCAUGGACCACAGCCUGAAUCAAUAGUUAACUACUUGAUGCCUUACGUAAAUCUUCAGUUACAGGGAGAAUGUGUGUUACUGUUGUUACAAGUUACUGCCUAUAAUCACAGUACAAUGCAUCCAAACUGGUACUGUGGCUUUUGUGCAACGUCUACUAAUUAAUGUGUCGUGUCUCCCUCAAAUUAGUACGCCUUAACAUUGGUUGCCAGUUUUCGUUGUGACCAUUAAAGGUGCCCUGUGGUGUUUUUCUUGUAAACCAACAAAACUUGUGUUUACAUUCAGUAUUUCUCAUGAAAAAAAAAUUGAGUCUAUCCUUGAGGUCUAACAUUCUUGUUAAAUGCAUUUUCUCCCUCCCUAAAACAUUUGCACAACAGGGACCCACUCGUAAAAAAAAAAAGAAAAAAGAUUGCUCCAUGGUGCUUCUAGUUGUCAAAAACUCCACAGGGCACCUUUAAAGCAAACUGUUGACAUGCUUAGAGUGUCUGUAACUUGUUUGAGUCGUUGGGUAUUUAUUUCAGGUUGUGCAGGAGGAUUUGGAGCAGUGGUGGACAGAGUAUUCAGAUUCUUUACUUAGGUAAAAGUCCUGCAUUCAAAAUAUUAAGUACAAGUACAAAAGUACUAUUAGCAAAUGUACUUAAAGUAUAUUAAGUACUCAUUAUGUAGCUGAAUAGCUACUUAUAUUAUUUUAUCAUUAUUAAUGAUUCAUUAACACAUAAGCAAGAUUUAAUGUUGUUGCAGUUUGAAACAUCUGCAAAGUAACCAGUAACUAUAGCUCUCAGAUAAUUGUAGUAGAGUUAAAUGUCUUUUCCUCCGAAAUAUUCAAGUAAAGUACAAGUUUCUCAAACUUGUACCUUAGUAAAGUACUCGUGUAAAUCUACUUUCACCACUGGUUUGGAGGUUUUCAUUUUAAACUGUUAAGAAAUCAAUGUUUAUCAGUUUCAAAGUAACCUCGAAUGUAGUGGUUUGGGACUGGGAGUGGUCACUGUUUGAACUAUUGUUUCAGGGUUGUGAUUCAGGGCCCCUGUGCCAGCUGGAAGGCCGCCGACUCUUUUGAGCUUUGAGUCGCAGCACUGUGCUCAAACGAGAGCCAUGAGAGCACCAAAUGCCAAAUGAUAGUUGCAUUGCAUUAAUUUUAUUUGAUGCCUCAGAAAUGUAAGUUUAAUUUCAGUCAUUAAAAAAACUAAUUUGAAUUAGUAGUUCCAUGAUUCACACGAUUCAGCUACAUUUUCAAUAUUGGACAACCCCAUAAAAGUGAUAACAUAUUUUUUCAGGCUGUAUUUUGACCCAGAUGAGGUGGAUAACUUGCAAUGUAGCUCUGGAAGUUUUAUUUGUAGUCAUGUGUAUGAAGAAUGGAGGGAAGGAAAGGAGAAGAUAAAUGUUUUUCUUUCCCUUUUCAUUUCCAGUUCAGUGGAUUGAUGUAGGUGUAGUGUUUUAGAUCCUUGUAAGGAUAUGCUUCAGCUUAUCAGACACAGUUGUGUUUUACUGCUGUUGGAUGAAACACACCUCACAUGUUGGAGAUGGUCAGAAGUGGACGGUUGCUGUGUGGGAUACAGUUGCAUUGCCUUGUCAUUAUUCUUACUGCCACUGAAACAGUUAUUUGUCAAGCAUUUGGGAAAGGGAUGAGUUGGCUCCUGCCAACUCUUAAACUUCCCCCUUAAAGUAAGCACACUUAUUAGAGCAAAGACCAAGGCUCAGGAUUUAGAUUUACAAAUGGUUCUAAAUAAUGCAGUCCACUUCUGGGCCGGUGGUGGGAGAUCAAUCAAGCUAUCAAGCUAUGGCAUUUAAGAAACACACAUGUGCCUGAAUUCAGAUAUUCAUUCAGUAAAACAGUUUCAAUGCAAUUUUUUAAUCCAUGCAAUUCCUAAGGGAAACCUUGUAACGUUUUCUCUCUGUGCUGUGUGUGUGUGUGUGUGUGUGUGUGUGUGUGUGUGUGUGUGUGUGUGUGUGUGUGUGAAUAAGAAUGUACUACAGUUGCUCAGUUAGUUGCUGUUAGCAUCAUCAGGAUAACUAUUAACUCGCUGCACUACAUCUCUGCUCGUGUUUUCUAACUGUACUCUAACUGAUAUCUCUUUUUUUUCUUAUAUCUCUUGUUCUCAGUUUUGUAAAAGAUUUGUAAAGACAAUUUCUACAGCUCCAGCAAUGUACAUUAACAACUUCUCUACUUCUCUCCACUUGUGACUUUUGUUGUUUUGUUUCUAAAUGUGGAAGGCCCAAAAGCUGCUUCUUGGUAUAUUUCUUCUUCAGUAAUCAAAAGAUUAAAUCUUGAUUACAGGAAAGUGUUCAAAGAUUUGCUGACAGAACCAAACCGGUUUCAACCAGUUUGUCACGAUCAGACGGUCGAGGUCAUGAAACACGACUAAAAGUUUUAUUAUGUUAGCAUCAAAAACAUUUGUCACGAUCACAUGUAAACAAUACAUUUAAAAUCAGUUUUAACUCCCCAUGUCCUCUCCUGCCUUCCAUACUUCCAUAAUAUAAAUUUUUGUAAAUCUGUUUAGGGAAUACCAUAAAUAGUCCCUCUGUCUCUUUAAUAAGGGCUUCUUAUAAUGUUGGUACAUUUAAGAUUACUCUGUUGUUGCAGUUUGGACAAGAGCAUUCAGUUAAAUGCAUCGAAUACAGUACAGAUGUUAUUUAAUUCUCGUUACAGUCCAUUGUUCAUCACUUCAUGCCUCAGCCUGCCUGAAAAACAUGAAGCCAGACAAACCGAUUCUAUGCGUCAGUCUGCUCCACUGUGCCAUGUUUUUAUCAAGUAACGUGCGAUGGAAUAAGUGAUGCAAUCAUGUCUUCCGGCGUUAGCACUGUCUUUUCUUACUUUUUGAUUAUGGGAUACAUUUUUAUUGUUUAUUUCUGUGUAACCUGUAUAAUUGCUGUUUUUACUCUCGGUUAAUGGUCGGUGAUGCUUGAACAUUUUUGAUGAAUUUGUGGGUAUUGUAGUAUUAAAUGAUAUGUUAGCCCAUGUUUACUGAUUUUACACUCCAAAAGAAGCUUAUUAUUGCUGGGGGUGAUGCCGUGUUAUGUGAAAUAAAAUACUUACUGACCCUACA